AUGAUCGGAAGUCUGUGUUUAAUUCUGAGCUGCCAGGUGGAAAUUUUGCGUGGGAGGUCGAUGUUAGAGAUGAAGUCUAGCCUGCCUUCUAAUAAGGGUUAUUCUGAAGGCUGGUUUGACUGGUCUUUCAUUGUGGAGUCUCACAAGACUUUGAAGAUCAAGCAAUUCCUGGCCAAGAAACAAAAGCAGAAUCAUCCCAUUCCCCAGUGGAUUCAGAUGAUAACUGGUAAUAAAAUCAGAUACAACUCUAAGAGGACACAAUGGAGAAAAACUAAGCUGGGUUUAUAA